CUUUUUCUGUCAGUGCACACAUGUGGCAGAAACAUUCUGAUCUUUUAGAGAGUUGCCAAAGAGACACAGGAGCAGAUCAGCAUUAUAUCGACUAGUUUGAAGCAGGAUGCUGAGCUCGAAUCAUAUUCAAUCAUCUUUCAGGGAGCCACACCUCAGCUUUCUUGAAAGGGGUUCCGUUUUUGGUUUAUAAGCGCUUCAAGAUCGCAAUCAUGUUCCUACCAGCAGAUACCAAACAUGGUAUCAGUGGUGACAGUGGACUGGCAGCUCAUCUGGUGAUCAGAAAAAAGGAAGCUCAUACAUAUGUUUCUAUUGAGUAAUGGUUGAGCAGAAAACCGGCAUGGUCUCUGAUUUCAGUGGGUGGUGGUGAGUCUUCUUCAUUCUGGGCGUCACAGACUGCUGAGUUGAAGUCUAUGAUGGGGUGUGUUAACAUUAAGAGGACUGUACUCAGCUCAAGGAAGAAGCGCCUCCUCCUCUCCUUUCUCUGUGUUUUACCACUGUGUCUUUUCAAUGGAUGGCCGAGAAGAUUCCAGGCACUGAAAGCCAUAAAUCCCUUCACCUUCCGUAACGGGAGCAGCAGUAGAAACAUCACCAUCCUGCUGUGGCACUGGCCUUUCAGAAGGGCAUUAAGCCUGAGGGGUGAUGUGUGCUGGGACCUCUAUCGAAUCCCUCACUGUAGACUGGUGGACCAGCGCUCCUUGUUCCCCUCAGCUGAUGUGGUUGUGUUUCACAACAGAGAGCUGGUACUGGGACAACAGAAGCUGCCCCUUAACCUCUCACGGCCACAGGGACAGCGGUGGGCCUGGAUGUCCCUGGAAGCCCCUGUUCACAAUGACAACUUGUGGCAGUAUGCAAAUAUCUUCAACAUGACCAUCACCUACAGGAGAGAUGCUGAUAUCACAAUACCCUAUGGCGAGCUGCUACCAAAGGAGACUGAAGGACAUCUGGUUGAAGAAGUCCCUCUGAAUAAGAGCUUCCUGGUCUGUUGGGUGGUCAGCAACUACAGGACCCAUCACCGGAGAAGCAAAGUGUACAAAGAGCUCAAUGCCACAGUUCCUGUAAAGGUUUACGGUCGCUGGACAAAUAAUCCCCUCUCCUCUCAAGCCCUCUUACCUACAAUCUCUCGCUGCUACUUUUAUUUGGCUGUUGAGAACUCAGUCACCAAAGAUUAUGUCACAGAGAAGCUGUGGAGGAAUGCUUUCCAAGGUGGGGCGGUGCCUGUCGUCCUGGGACCUCCAUUAGACAACUACAAAGCUGUGGCUCCACCUAAUUCUUUCAUCCAUGUUGAUGAGUUUGCAUCAGUUAAAGAAUUAGGAAAGUAUCUACAAGAGCUCGCAAGGGACAAAGAACACUACAAUGAAUACUUUACCUGGAAACAUCAGUGGAAAGUGAAGUUGUACACAGACUGGAGAGAGAGACUGUGUAAGAUCUGCUUACAGUACAACAAUUUACCUCAGGAGAAAGUUUACUCCAACCUAGAGGCCUGGGCCAAUGCUAAAAGCACUUGAUCUUGCAUAAAUAUGUCUUACUUAUCAUAUAGAUCAAUUAGCAGCUUUGAGAUUUAGGAAACCUCAUCGAGAGUACAUAUACUCUGGAAACAUGUAUAUGUACAUAUAUGCUGACAUCCCUAGCACGAUAUAACAAACGCCUGACUUCACCAGGAUUAACAGAAUAGUCUAACAGUUUGGGAAAUGGUCCGAUUACCUUUCUUGCCUGAGUUAGAUAGACAUGGUCAUCUGAGAAUGGCUAUUCCUUUCAAUUUAACUCAACACAGCACACUGUAAUAAACACAGGCACAUUACUGUGCAUUCACUCCCCGUCUUUGAAUCGUCAGCAUAUCCUUUCAAUGUCAGCAUCUUUUACAUGUUCACAAUACUGGACCAUUCAAAAGGGCAGGCACCAUGUUGAAGGAUUUAAUAAUUUUUUGAUGUUUGUCAUUUUACAUUUGUACUGUAUGUAAUAAAUGUAUGAUUUGAUGAUG